AUGAUAGCCACCUCCGCUGUUAGCCUAGCAACUAGGAUAAACCUCUUAACCCACCUUAUUAAUGCUGUUGGUAAAAUUGAUGACGGGGAGGGUUGCAUUAUAAUAUAUGGUGCCCAUGAACCUCAGCCAACAGUUUGGCCAUCUCCACUUGAUGCUCAGCAAAUUAUUUCCAGAUUUCGGGAACUUCCCGAAAUGGAACAGACCCAGCGACUGUUCAAUCAGGAAUCCUAUAUGAUUCAAAGGGUUCAGAAGUCUCAUAAACAAGCUGAAAAGUUUCAAAGGAUUAACAGAUUAACAGACAUGGAGAUUCAGAUGCACCAGUGCAUGGCUGGUUUGUCGAGUCUGCAAAAUGCCCCUCUAAAUGACAUAACUGAAAUGGGACGUUUGGCUGAGCAAAAUAUGCAGGACAUCAUGGCCCGAAUGGAGGAACUGGAAAAGAACCGGGCUACAACAUUACAAAUGGGUGGGACUAGCUCCAGUCCUCCUAGGGACGAUGCUGCUGGACUCAGCUUUAGGAAUUAA